AUGUCGUGGCAGACUUACGUGGACGAGCACCUGAUGUGCGACAUCGAGGGCCACCACCUCGCCUCCGCCGCCAUCCUCGGCCACGACGGCACCGUCUGGGCCCAGAGCGCCGACUUCCCGUCGUUCAAGCCGGCGGAGAUGGCCAACAUCAUGAAGGACUUCGACGAGCCGGGGACCCUCGCCCCGACCGGGCUGCUACUCGCAGACGCCAAGUACAUGGUCAUCCAAGGUGAACCUGGCGCCGUCAUCCGCGGAUCGCAGGGCGCGGGAGGCAUCACCCUGAAGAAGACCGGGCAGGCGCUGGUGGUCGGCAUCUACGACGAGCCCAUGACCCCGGGGCAGUGCAACCUGGUGGUGGAGAGGCUGGGCGACUACCUGGUAGAGCAGGGCAUGUAG